AUGGUGAAGGUGGACUACCGAACAGGACUCAAUACCGCCGCAUCCACCAACAGGCCGCCAGCCAUCAAUUUGACACCAUUCCAAUUGUUCUGCAUCCGGUGGAGCGUGUUUUUCGACAAGACCACAGACAGGCUGUCGCCGACCGAAACGGUGUUUCGAACCAUUCAGAUGUCCACCAUGGUAAUUACCGGGUUGAUGACCAUGACAUCGGUGCUUUUCGCUGACAACAAAAAAGCACUGGAGUCGUUCACGUAUUUCAUCAUAUGCGUCUUCUUGCUGGCCAUCAGUAUUUUUGCAAUCCGGACGAAGCGGUUCAACCGGCACAUGUUGCUCAUGAUCGAGGAGGAGUUUCCCAGCUACGAUCGGCCCGUCCCCGAGGAUCUUCGGCGUAAGCUGACUGGUAUACGGACGUCUUACGGCGACUUUACCAAGCGCGUGAUAUUGUCGUACUUGGCGUUGGUCGUGUUCGAGGUGCAAGCCACGGCACUGGUACCGCUCACGGCUGCUUGGUUCACCCCGACCAAAUUGGGUACGCAAUCCACUCAGAUGGUGGUCAUGUGGUUCCCGGGUGACACAACUCAGGUUAAAUAUUGUUUGUAUUAAUUGUUUUAUGUUGCGAUGUAAAAUGGAAAUUUCGACAGGAUAUAUCCAAAACCACAGCCUGUCGUCUCUAAUUUUUCAGUCCUGCGGGGUUUGAUUUUUAACUUAAGUUCGGAUGUUUCAGAUAUUUCCUAAAAUUUUAAACUAUUUUGGUGAUUUUUGAGCUAUUGAUAGAUUUGUUUAUGGGCAAGUUUUGUAUGCAAUUUUUAUUUGGUGGGUUACUAUAUGUGGAUUUAAUUGUUUGAAAAAUAGAAAUGUAUGUAAAUUUAACAGAAAUAUUAGUUGUACUCAGUGGUCAAAUACGAAAAGUAGAGUGUAAGAAAUAAUUAAUUUUUUUUAAUGUUGUUUUAAGAAUAAAUUCAAAAAAACAAAAUUAAAUUAAUUUAUCAAACAGCUGUGAUAGGCUGUAGGGUAGCUUUACAAAUCAUAUAUAAACGAAUUUUGCUCGGAAUCGUUUUUCGUUAUAUUAAUGGUUUAUCGUUGAUCAUAGAUAUAAAAUACCUAAUAUCGUGUAUCUUACUAUCCCAACUUCUCACAUAUAAUAGUGGUGCGAUAAUCAUCAGUAUCAGCUUUUUAGAUUCUGAGAAGCUUAUGGUUUUAGAAAGAUGUUUAUUUAUUUUAUUUUUUGUGAACAAUUUUUUACUAGAGAAAUUGCUCCGAUAUUUAAGUGAAACACUUUUUCUGAAAGGAAAUCGGCGUGGAGUACCUCUCCACCUUUCGAGAGGUUUUUGAUUUUCUCAGGAGUUUUUUCAACAAAUAUGAAAACCUGAAAAAAAAACUUAGGAAAAACGGGAAAUUGUACAAAAUAUAUUAUGAAAAUAUUACGAUUUUUUUUUCUAUGAACAACUUUUCUACCAGUAAUUUAGCUCCAAUUUAUAAUAAUAGCCAUUUUUCUAUAAGAAAAUCUGUCUGGGGAGGUACUUUUGAAGAGGUUAUUUUUUGAUUUUCCCACUAGUUUUCCCAAUAAAUGGGAAAUCCUGGAAAAACCGUAGGAAAAUGGGAAAAUAAGUAGAUAUGAAAUUGAACAAAUAUUUUUAUAAAGAAACUAUAUAUUGUCUAUGUGAUUAUUUUAGCAUAAUAUAUGAUAUAGGUAUAUAAAAAUAAAAUAUAUCGUUGCUUACAUUAAAUUACCUGUAACAGUAGUUGCACCCGACCUUAUUAUCUUAGGAUAGCUUUUGUGUUUUAUUGGUCUAGUACUACGUAAGCUAAAUUUUUUUUUUCGUAAUUUCUAUGAUUAGUAUACAUGAAAUUCAAUUUUCCUCUUUUUCUUUUCGUCUUUUUUUUAUGCUUUUUACUAUGUAAUUAAUUUUUUGGAAUUUUAAUUAAUAAUAACUAAAUAACGUUAUUAGUGGUUUUAUUUUUUAGGAUUUUUGUAGUUUUUUCAAGAUUUUUACUGCUUAUUGAUUUAUUUUAAUUGCUUUUAUUGAGCUACUAACAUAAUUUAUAACAAAACUUUGCUUCUCUAUAUUUCUCUAUGGUUUGUCGUGAUUUGUAAAUAAGUAGUAAAUCCUUCCUUCAUCACCUUUUAUGGCCUUCGACAUACCGUCAUUGAUUGUAAAAUUUUUAAAAAAAGGAAACAUAGUAUAAUAUAAAAUAUGAUAUAUCUAUAAUAUAUAUAACAAAACGAUAAUUAACCAUAAUAAGCCGUAGCGAUCGGCUGAAAAUUGUUUGGAAAUUUGGACCAUUGCACACUUUAUUUUAGUAUAUAUUUCGAGUAGACUACCUAAACCCAAGUUAAAAGAAACAAAUUUAUAAUACAUCAUAUUCUUUAAAUUUUUUUUUCUCUGCUAAAUUUAUUACAAUUACAGAAUUAUUUAAAAUAACACGAUAUCAUGACUGUUGCAGGCGUUCAUGAAUGAUGUUUACGAUUUUUCCUAAUAGAAUCCAAAUCUUCUUGACGAUGAUGUCUCGAAUUUCUCGUUAAUUUCUCUUUUGGAGAACGGAGCCUCAAUAUAAAAUCACAAUGUGAAUGAGUUAAUUUUUUACGACGAUAAUUUAAAUACUGAAUUCGGUCCGUUGUUUAAUGAAACAAACGAAUUUUUGUUUGCCUGCCUGUAACGCUAUUUCUCAUAUUCAUAUUUAAAACAUAAAUUAUUAUAGCAUUAAGAUUAUGAUUGGAGUUUAAACACAAGAAAAAAUAAGUAAAAAUGAGUAUAUAUUUUCGAAGGCUGUACGUAUUUUUUCCUAAAAACUAUUACUGUACAAUAAAUUUGAAUACAUGUAAGUUAUUGCUUUUUUUAUUAAUAUCUAGCUGUAGUUAUUUAAGUAAAAUAUUUUUAUUUUUAAUUAAACUCUAAUAAAUUCAAUCCAAAUGCCACAAUUUAUAUUCUAACUUCCAAGUAAUGUAGUUUUGCUAUGUUAUGUGUUUGUAAGAGAAAAAACGCAUGUGAUUAUGACACCCUUCAUAAAAUAUUGUACGUGUAACAUUUAUAAUUUAUUCUUUGUAAUAAUUACAACUGCAACGCAUCUAUGUGCACCUAGUUUUCUAAAUUGUAAAUGCACAUGAAGAUGUUAUUGGUCGUUGGCCGUUGCAGUCAAAUUUUAUCAGAUGACAUACAAUAAAUUGUUGUCAGUUGAUCUUUAAUAAUUUAAUAUUAUUUAAAUUUCAGUCUAUCAGUUUGAAUUUUUUAUACGCAAUAAUGAUUGUUUCAAUUUUAACCAUUUUAUUUAUAACCAAGUUUUUGCCAUUAAGAUUUGGUGCAUUUGGAUUUAGCACUAACCAUUUUAAACAUUUCAAUGCCCGUUAUAACCCGUCGUGAAUGUUGACCACACAACUAUUAUCAAUAUUAUAAUAUCAAAUGUGCUAUACGAUUUCCAGGUCGAAAUUUACGCGUUUACGUUUGCGAUCCAAUACUCGAUUGUGUUGAUCGUUAAGACCAUCAUCACCGGUACUCUGUGCUCGUUCUCAUUUUUCGUAAGCCAAAUGAUCGCCGAGUUCGAAAUACUGGCCGCCUACAUUGAACACGCCGUGGAAAUCGUCGAGUUCAACCGAUCUACUGGGCGGACAACCGAACGAGAACUGUUGGACCACAUUCGGAAUUGUGUGAAGCUGCACAACCGACUUAUACACUUCAAGGACGAGCUGAACGAAAGCUACAAUUACAUAAUACUGCUGGAGUUAAUGUUUAGCACGCUGUACUUUUGCCUUUCAGCAUUCAACAUGAUAUUCGUAGGCAGCAAGUUCACCAUAGUCAAGGGCCUACUAACGCUGUCCAACUAUCUGACCGAACUGUUCAUAUUCUGCAUGUAUGGUAGCAUGGUUGAGGAUGCGCAUAUACACCUGCUGAGAGCCUCGUACGGUUCGGCAUGGUACUUGCAGCCCAUCCGGUGCCGAAACUCCCUGAUGAUGAUCAUGUCUAGGUCACAGAUACCGUUACAGUUGACCGUCGGCAAGGUGUUCUUGGCCAGUCUGCCGUUAUUUUUGUCCGUGCUCAAAGUCUCGUAUUCGGGUGUCAACGCUCUGAGGGCAGCAAACGCAAAAUAA